CACCUGUGUGUGCGCGUCCCGGGCGACUGGUAGGCAGAGAGACGGACGAACCCGUGGCGGACCCCACAGUGACGAAACUCCUCCCGUCGGAGAGACAUCAAAAGGGCCUCACAGUGCCAACUGGAUUUCCCGCUGAGUAACAGGACCCGAAAACGAAUUUCAAAAAUGUCCAACACGAUGCUGAUAGUGAGCAGUAUCCUGGUGUUCACCACCAUCAUCUUGCUCGGCACGAGCAACAGGUCGCUGCGAAUGGCGGUGGAAGAGGAGCGAAUGCUCGCCAGCAAACAGAUCUCCAGGCAGGAAUCAUCGCUUACGGUAUGCAAGAAGAAGGGGGAAGAAAUGCUAACGAGACUUAACGACCUCAACAAACAAAAGAUGCAGGCCGACGCCGCUAAAGGCCAGGCUGAGAACAACUUGAGGGCAGUCGAGAAGAAGGCAGCGGACGAUCUCAAGGUAAAAGAGGACGAGAAGGCCAAACUCACAGCGGAUCUGAAAGCGGCCACCGACAAAGUAGCAGCUCUGGAGAAGACUCUGGCAGACUCCAAGGCGAAGGCAGAUGAGGCCAAGAAGGCUGCGGAUGCCAAGAAGGCUGAAGAGGCCAAAAAGGCCGAAGAGGCCAAGAAGGCUGAGGAGGCCAAGAAAGCAGCAGCAGCAGCAGCAGCUCCGAAGAAGGCUUAGAAAAUCUGUAUGAGAAAGCUAUGAUGAACGAGAGGCACAGAAAACGGGAAUCAAAGAAAAUGGGAGGCCAAACAGGCCUAGGAAACAGUCAGUCAGGCUUAUCUUAUUGGUCUACGUCAGAUAACGCUCAUUUUUUCUCUCAUUUUGGCUUCCUUUCCCGCUACCUACCUGGAGCAUAAAUGCCUUUCAUUCCAGCUUCCUGAAGCAUUAAUGCCUUUCUUUCUAGCUUCCUGGAGCAUUAUUGCCUUUCUUUCUAGCUUCCUGAAGCAUAAAUGCCUUUCUUGCUAGCUUCCUGAAGCAUAAAUGCCUUACUUUCCAGCUUUCUGAAGGAUAAAUGCCUUUCUUUCCAGCUUCCUGAAGCAUAAAUGCCUUUCCUUCUAUCUUCCUGAAGCAUAAUUGCCUUUCUUUCUAGCUUCCUGAAGCAUAAAUAUCUUUCUUUCCCGCCUCCUGAAGCAUAAAUGCCUUACUUUCCAGAUUCCUGGAGCAUAAAUGCCUUUCUUUCCAGCUUCCUGAAGCAGAAAAUGCCUUUCUUUCUAGCUUCCUGGAGCAUCAAUGCCUCUCUUUCCACCUUCUGAAGCAUUAAUGCUUUUCUUUCCAGCUUCCUGGAGCAUAAAUGCCUUUCUUUCUAGCUUCCUGGAGCAUAAAUGCCUUUCUUUUCCAGCUUCCUGAAGCAUGAAUGCCUUUCUUUCCAGCUUCCUGGAGCAUAAAUGCCUUUCUUUUCCAGCUUCCUGAAGCAUUAAUGCCUUUCUUUCCAGCUUCCUGAAGCAUUAAUGCCUUUCUUUCCAGCUUCCUGAAGCAUUAAUGCCUUUCUUUCCAGCUUCCUGGAGCAUAAAUACCUUUCUUUUC